AUGCCGCCAGCUGUUGAAACGUCAGUGAGUGGUAGCAUUAAACAACACCAUGGAGAAAUUAUUUAUGAAUCCAAUGGUUUUAUUAAGAAAAUGAAUAGAAAGGAUAGUCAAUUGAACCAGCGUAUUCUUAAUACUUAUACUGGUAUGUGGCAAGAGGAUAAAAAAGAUUUUUCUAAUAAAGAAGAAACCACACAAUUAAGACGCGAUAAUGCCCAAAAAAUGACAAACGCGUUCUAUGAUAUUGGUGAUACUUUUGAUCAAUCUAUUAAACGUCACGAACUAUAUCUGCCUUUAAAAUUAGGAAUGGAUGAUAAACACAAAACUCUAGAUGUUGGUUGUGGCGUUGGAGGCCCGCUACGCGAAAUUGUCAGACUGUCUGGUGCUCAUGUCACGGGAAUUAAUAAUAAUGCAUAUCAGAUCGAGAGAUGCAAAGCUUAUUCAAAGAAACUUGGAAUAGAAAACAAAACCAACUUUAUUAAAGGGGACUUCACUAAAAUUCCACGUGAAUUGGAUGGUAAAUUCGAUUCUGCUUACGCAAUUGAGGCUACAUUACAUGCUCCCACCCUUGAAUUGGCUUAUUCCGAGAUUUUUCGUGCUCUGAAACCUGGAGGUUGCUUUGCAACUUAUGAAUGGGUUACAACACCUAAAUAUGAUGAAAAUGAUCCCGAACAUAGACGAAUCAUUCACGGGAUCGAGGAGGGUAAUUCGAUUCCAUCAUUAAGUUCUUAUAAACAAGCUCUUGAAGCCGCGACAAAUGUUGGCUUUGAAGUGCUCGAAUACGAAGAUAUGGCUACCUUAAAAGAUUAUCAUGUUCCAUGGUAUUUGACUUUAAAAGGAAACUUUUCUUUGAAUGGAUUUAGGAUGACUCGAAUAGGAAGAUGGGCAACCCAUAAAUUAGUUUAUCUUCUUGAGUGUUUCCGCAUUGUUGCCUCUGGUUCAGCUGAUGUUGCAAUCAUCCUUAAUAACACUGCUGAUGCCUUAGUUGAAGGAGGAGAAUUAGAAAUUUUCACUCCAAUGUUUUUUAUUUUACUUAAAAAGCCUUCAGUAUCCCAAUGA